UUCAGCCCGAGUUACAAACAUGUUUUGUUCUGUCUUCGACUUUAAGAAUGAAUUCACUAGAGGGCGCUCGACUCCAAAAAAAAAACCACCCACACUUCCGGUGCCUGCCUGUCGUCACAUUGUCCAACAUGGCUGCGUCCUUAGCAGGGACCUGCCGGUUGUUAUCGCGGCAUGGCUCGGUUAUUUAUCUCUGGCGGAACCGUCUUUGUCACACACACGUGUCUAAAUCUUAUUGUUCUUCCUCUACACACGGUGGACUCCUCUUGUCUUUGAAUAAACGCGGUGUUCUAAAGGAUUCUUUCCCAGAAGACGCAGCUCAUGACCGGCUUCCUCGGUUGCUUCAGUCCGGUGCUCAGACUGUUUACUGCGGCUUUGACCCCACGGCCGACAGCCUCCAUGUGGGGAACUUACUUGCUAUCAUCGGGCUGCUGCACUUUCGCGAUGCCGGGCAUCAUGUUGUCGCUGUGCUCGGAGGCGCCACAGCGCAAAUCGGGGACCCGAGCGGGAAAACACGCGAGAGGGAGAGUCUCUCCGCGGACGCCGUGGAGGUGAACACGCGCAGCAUCCGCGAGAGCAUCCAAAGAAUAUUCACCAACCACGAACUGCACUUUCACGACAUCUCCAGGAAGCUGGGCACCAUGACUGUAAUGAACAACCUGAGCUGGUACAAAGACUGGAGCGUGGUGGCUUUUCUGUCGGAGGCUGGCAGACGCUUCAGGAUGGGCACCAUGCUCAGCCGCCACAGUGUGCAGUCCCGGCUCAAGAGCGCAGACGGUAUGAGUCUGACAGAGUUCACCUACCAGGUGUUCCAAGCAUAUGACUUCUACCACCUCAACCAAGUCUAUGGCUGCAAAAUUCAGCUGGGAGGCACUGACCAGCUGGGCAAUUUGAUGUCCGGCCAUGAGUACAUUCACAGAAUGACUGGUGAGGAGGUGUUCGGCCUGACCAUCCCACUGGUGACCAGCUCUGUCGGGGACAAGCUGGGGAAGACAGCAGGCAACGCAGUAUGGCUCAACAGAGACAAGACGUCCCCCUUUGAGCUGUACCAGUUCUUUUUGAGACAGCCUGACAAUAAUGUGGAAGGGUACCUGAAGUUGUUCACCUUCCUGCCUCUGGCUGAAGUGGAGAGGCUGAUGGAGCAACAGAGGGAGGAUCCGGGUAAACGUCUCGCACACAAGCGACUUGCUGCAGAGGUGACAAAAUUGGUGCAUGGAAAGGAGGGCCUUGAAUCUGCAAAGAGAUGUACCAAUGCAUUGUACCACAGCAGCGUGCAGGCCUUGGAGGAAAUGAGCGAUGACGAGCUUCAGGAGCUUUUCAGGGAGGCUCCCUUCCACGAGAUGCUGCUGGAGCCAGGGACCACAGUGAUCGACACCUGCCGCAGAGUCAACGCAAUCCCACGUGGAGCCAGAGGGUAUCAGAUGGUUUUGGAUGGAGCAGUGUGGAUCAACCACAGGCGCACAGACAAAGCCGAACAAGUACUGAUCCCCAAACUCCACAUCCUGUCUAAUGGACUUACCUUGCUCAAAGUGGGCAAGAGGAACUUCUACAUCAUCAAGUGGCUCAAUCUCUGAAGUCCGCUGAUCUCGGCAAGGAAUCGGAUUACUGUAACGUCCUGGCUGGGAAGGUAGGCGGCUGCACCUCAGUAGGAUCAGAACGGAGACAUGGAUGGACCUGUGUUUUAGUAAGAUUUUUGGUGUAGCUGAGAUCACCAUCAUGUAAUUAUGUAUAUGUACAAAUGUGACAUUUAUCAAGAGUUAAGGGAUUAAAAAUAAUUUGUUAUAAA